AUGCUCAUAUUUUAUGAUACAAUAAGAUGCCCAUCGGACUUCCUUGCCUUCUUUGAUGGAUCAGAAAUAGGUGAUUCAUUAACCAAUCCUACGGCACCUAUGAUUGGUGGCAGAUUUUGUGGUCAAUCUUCGGAUCUUCGGGGCGAAAACUUGCGAAUAGUUUCAACAGGAUCAGUAUUAACAAUGAUAUUCGUGACAGGGGCCUCCACAGAUAUGCAGACAGGUAGACCAGUAGCCGGUGCUCUUCUAUUAUCUCCAUCGGAGACUAAAGAUCUUUUAACAGCCAAAGGAUUCCGAAUAAAAUACAGUUUCACGAAUCUUCUUGUUGAAGUACCUGAAAGCCUCAAGCAUCUACAUUUAAGAGGGACGGAAUGUGAUUUUCUAAUCCGGAGUCAAGGCCGAUCUUUUGGAGAAAUUAUUUCUCCUAAAUUGAAUGAAAAUAGCAGUAAAUUUGUCCUUGAAAGAAUUUGUUCUGUAUACUUUCUUGGGCUUCAUCAUAAACAAAUGAUGGAGGUCGUUCGAAUUGGAUUUGAGAAUAUCUCAUUACCUGCUGGGGAUGCGAAAUCUGGAAAAUGCUCGAAUGGUUUCCUUGCUGUUUAUGGUGGAUACCGCCUCACUUCCUUUCAAGAUGACUCCAAUUUCUUAGAGAUGGACAAACUUCCAGAUAUGGAAGAAAAUUCGGCCGAUGAAAAUGUAGCUCAACUAAUGAGAGUGCCAAGCCAGGUCUGGUGUGAUGUUGGUGGACGGGUAAACUCACUUCUUGUUGGUCGCAACUUGCAUUUAUCUCCUCUACUUUCUCAACGUUCACUUCUUAUGAUACGGUUUAAUUCAACUGGCAUGGACCCUUCUACUGGGUUUACAGGAGGCUUUAAGUUAUUUUACAAAUUUACAAUUGGUGAGUAA